AUGGGCGUCGCGCAGGCGAGAAUAAGCAGGCUCGCAGGCCGUCUGGGAAUGCUAGCGAAACUUCCGAGUUGGUCGACUGCGAGGAAGCCUGGCGAGGUGAGAGAGAUGAAGCAAGCGAUGAAGCUUUCCGCUGGACCGAUGGCUUCGACGGCCCGCGCUGCCAUGGAGCACCCUGUGCAGGUACUUGCUAGCACGACAGAACACAUCGUCACGGCCUCGAACACGAAGCUGACCGUCUUUGACGCUGCGACGAAUGCACCCAUCGCGUCAACGACCAACCACAAGGGCCUGAUUCGCCUCCUUGCGACCUUCACGGACGACGUGGCGAAGAAGGCGUACCUCGUAUCGACGGGCGAGGACAAGCUCCUCCAGGUCUCUUCGCUUCCCGACCUGCAGCUGCUCAGCUCGCGUGACCUGCCGAAGCGCGCCAAUGCUCUCGAGGUGACUGCGUCUGGCGACAUCGUGGUGGGCGACAAGUUCGGAGACGUCUACAUCUUCCCACUCGAUGCACCAGCUGUCCCAGCGAACGUCAAACCGGAGGACCUGCCGAAGCCGCAACCCAUCCUCGGGCACGUCUCGAUGCUCAACACGCUCGCGCUCAUCCCGGCCGACCCGGCGCAUGGGUUGGCGAGGGAUUGGAUCGCGACCGGUGACCGCGACGAGCAUGUGCGCAUCUCUCGCUUCCCGGCCGGACAUGUCAUCGAGAAGUUCGCUUGGGGAAGCAAGCGACUCGUCUCGUCGCUUUUGUACCUUCCAGCACCCUCAUCCUCCAGCGCAGCAACUUCUCCGCCGUACCUGCUGUGCGCCGGUGCCGACCCCUCCAUCCAAGUCUUCGAACUGCCCUCUGCCGAGCUCGUUUCGCGCUUCCCGAUCGAGGAGAUCAUCUCAGCCUACAUCUCCGUCCACCCCGAAGCACCGACGCCCGUCCCUGCGGGGAGACGGAAGAACAAGCAAGGCACGAAGAAGGGAAAGGGAAAGGAGGUCUCGAACGAAGGCGAGGCGGCGGAGCGAGACGAUGCGACAGCGACGCCUGACCCGGACGCCGCUGCUGAAGAGGGCGGCGGCGGAUCUGCAGCUCACGGAGCCGAGCUGGCGAAGGGUCUCGCAGUGGUGAAGAUGGUGGAGGUGGGAACGACUCGCGAGGACGGCGGUAUCAUCGUCUUGGUCGCCGGCAGCACUGCGCUACUCUACAUCUCAUUCUCCCUUCUUCUGCCCACACACCCUGCCGCUGCACCCUCGACCGAUGCAGCACCUUCCCUCCUCCGAGCCGCACAUCCCAUCCUCGAUGUUGUCCCGACACCUAUCCCCGCGUCGGCAGAGUCGCAGUGCGAGUUCCUCGUGUCGCUCGAUCACACGAGCACGCCAUCCCUACCUCCCGCCGCAACAGACUCCGAACAGCCGCCUACGCCUCUAAUGCGCGUUUCGCUCGGCAAGGAUGGACAACUCAAGGCGCUGCCAACCUUGACAACUGACGCGGUUCUGUUCGACGCGGCGUACGCUCAACAACCCGAGAACGCCAAGCAGCCGAGUGUUGCAUCCCUCUACCCGGUCCUUUCGUUGCUGCACCAUCCGGGAGACGAGGAGUUUGCCGAAGGCGGAGGCGAGGAUGACGAAGCGCCGCGGGUGAGUCGCAAGGUCGGACGAGGCAUGAAGCGCGCCGCGCCCGGGUCGAACGGAGCGCCGAGCGAGGUUGGCGACGAGGACGGUGCGAAGCGAAUCGGCAAGCGCGCAAUUGGACGUGCUGAGACGCUGAGGCGGUACGAGGAGGCCAAGCGCAAGCUUCAGGCCGGAGGGGAGACAGCGCAGUCGCUGACGGAGGGCGAGAAGGCUGCGGUCAAGGAAAUGGAGGAGGAGGCCGAAGCGGCAGCGGCUGCCGAAGGUGCAGAGAUGGAAGGCGCGCACGUCGCUUGA